AUGAAGGCCGUCCAGGCACUUACCCUUGGUCUUGCCACCUUCACACCCCUGGCCGCAGCUUGGCCAAAAUGGCUUCCGGAUAUCGAUGCUCUCGUUGUUCGUCAAAACGAUGCAACCACAGCCGCUCCUACUGCUACUGAGGCAUCAUCCGCCAGAACAGGUGCUGCGGCAACCACGACCACCGCGGAAGCGACGGCGACGAACACUGGCGGAGUAAAGACAACAAACCUCAACACAGCAAAGGCACCUACAGGCACCAAGACGGGUUCUGCCACGGGUACCGAGACAGAAACGGCCGAGACUACCUUUGAUGCUCGAGACCCAGCUGGCAGCGUUGUGAUGAUCGAUCCCGCAGCAACAGCCGCUGCUAUUAACCUCUACAAGAUCGGAGACUACGUCACCUGGAAAUGGAACUACACAAAUGUUCAGGCCACCCCCACUGCCAUCGACGUGCUUGUUAGCUGCUCUGCUAGAUCCCGCACAUGGACCUUGACCCAGAACAUGACCUGGGCUGUGCCUGCCUCGUACACAUGGGAUACUAGCGUGCAACAAACCGACCCCUCGGCCCCGCUGGCAAACGACGAAUACACUCUGGUCAUUUACGACGCCGAGACGAGCGUCAGCGCCACCGCGGCCCCUGGUUAUUUGGGGGUCUCUAACGCCUUCAAGUUCGGUAUGUACGUAAGGCAAGAGUACCAUGAUCUUAACGACUGGGAAUGCCCAACCUGCGGCUCAGCUGCUUCUGCCCUAGAUAGCAAGGCCAUUAGUAUGGCUGUGGGCAUGAGUAUCGCCACUGUCAUCAGCUUCACGUGGUUCGUAGCAGGGCUGGGCGUGUUUUAA